CUCCGGCGGACGGCGGCGGCGUGGGGCGGGGACGCCGCGCCUCCGGGGGUCGUCGGGGGUCGGCGGGGAGCUCGGGCCCGCCGAGGCCGGGUGGCAGGGAAGCCCCGCGCCGGACUUUUCCCGAUGCCUGGAGCUGAGCUGUUUGCAGCCCCUUCACCUCCCCAGCGCAGUGUGUGCAGUCUCCUGUGGAGCAGUUUCUAGUGUGCCACUUCCCUGCCACUGAGGCCCAACGCGCAGCUAUGGCAGCAGCGACCAUCGUACACGACACGUCUGAGGCCGUGGAGCUGUGCCCCGCGUUCGGCUUGUACCUCAAGCCCAUCACGAAGAUGACCAUCAGUGUGGCGCUCCCGCAGCUAAAGCAGCCGGGCAAGUCCAUCUCCAACUGGGAGGUGAUGGAGAGGCUGAAGGGCAUGGUGCACAGCCACCAGUUCUCCACCCUCCGCAUUUCCAAGAGCACAAUGGACUUCAUCCGCUUUGAAGGGGAGGUCGAGAACAAGAGCCUUGUGAAGUCCUUCCUUGCCUGCUUGGACGGCAAAACAAUAAAGCUCAGCGGCUUCUCUGACAUCCUGAAAGUCCGCGCCGCUGAGUUCAAGAUAGAUUUCCCCACGCGCCAUGACUGGGACUCCUUUUUUCGAGACGCAAAAGAUAUGAACGAAACUUUGCCAGGAGAGAGGCCGGACACGAUUCACCUGGAAGGGCUGCCGUGCAAGUGGUUCGCCCUCAAGGAGUCCGGCUCCGAGAAGCCCAGUGAGGACGUCCUCGUCAAGGUGUUUGAGAAGUUUGGCGAGAUCCGCAAUGUCGACAUCCCCAUGCUGGACCCGUAUCGGGAAGAGAUGACUGGCCGCAACUUCCACACAUUCAGUUUCGGGGGACACUUGAACUUUGAGGCCUACGUCCAGUACUGUGAGUACGUGGGCUUCAUCAAAGCCAUGAGCGCCUUGCGUGGGAUGAAGCUCAUGUACAAGGGCGAGGACGGCAAGGCGGUGGCCUGCAACAUCAAGGUUUCUUUUGAUUCAACCAAACACCUGAGUGACGCCUCCAUUAAAAAACGGCAGCUCGAAAGGCAGAAGCUUCAGGAACUCGAGCAGCAGAGAGAAGAGCAGAAGCGCAGAGAGAAGGAAGCCGAGGAGAGGCACCGGGCCGAGGAGAGGAAACAGAAAGAACUAGAAGAAUUGGAGAGAGAGAAAAAAAGAGAAGAGAAGCUCCGCAAGAGGGAACAAAAACAGAGGGACCGUGAAUUCCGCCGAAAUCAGAAAAAGCUUGAGAAGUUACAAGCCAAAGAGCAGAAAAAAUUACAAGAAAAAAUAAAGCUGGAAGAGAGAAAGCUGCUGCUGGCCCAGAGAAACCUGCAGUCCAUCCGGCUGAUCACGGAGCUGCUGAGCAGAGCCAAGGCCACGAAACUCCAGGAGCAGGAGCAGAAAGAGGAGAAGCUGCGGCUGCAGCAGCUGGAGGAGCGGCGGCGCCUGCAGGAGGCCGAGCUCAGGCGCGUGGAGGAGGAGAAGGAGCGCGCCCUGGGGCUGCAGCGCAGGGAGAAGGAGCUGCGCCAGCGGCUGCUCAGCAUCCUGCUCAGCAAGAAGGCCGACGGCUGCCCCCCGCCCGACGAGCUGGGGGUCUCCCACGCCGACCUGCUGCGGCCGGUGCUGGACAUCCUGCAGACGGUGUCGGCCGGCUGCGUCAGCGCCCUCUCGCCGUUCGUCCUCGCGGGCCAGGCCCCCCACGGCGCCCCCAAGGAGGCCCCGGGCAGCCCCCGGGUGGACUCCCCUGCCAAGACGGUGAACGGCAGCGCCGCCGAGGACGCCCCGUGCAGGGAGAGCCCAAGCGCCCCCGGGGCCGCGGGGGACAGCUCGCCGGAGAAGAGGAGCACGGGCGUCCUCUCCUGCAUCCCCGACAACACUCAGCAGCCCAAGGACGUUGCCGCCUGCGUCGCCAAGAAGGACGCGCGCUCCGAGCAAGACAAGUGCAACCGGGAGCCCAGCCCCGGCCGCGGCCGCGCCAGCCGGGACCGCAGCGGCGAGGACCGGCACCGGCGGGAGAGGAGCGGGCCGCGGGCCGCCGGCGGGCAGGGGGACGGCGGGCAGAGGAAGGAGCGGCGGCCGCACCGCAAGCACUCCCGCAAGGACGCGAGCCCCCGGCACGCCCGCUCCCGCCGCUCGCGGAGCAGGGGCCGGCGCAGCCGCAGGGAGCGCAGUCGCGACGACGAGCGCCGGAGCAGCGGCAGCCGCAAGCGCAGCCGCCGCCGGGGCUCCCGCUCCCGCUCCACCAGCCGGCACCGCAGCACCUGGGACAGGUAAGGAAGGGCCCCGCGGCCCCGCCCAGCUCGGACCAGGGCCAGGCAGGCCCGCCCCGCCCGCCGCUGCCCGCACGGCCCGUCUCAGCGUCGCGAACUGAAGGUGCGGGUGCAGCCCGCCGGCGAGGGGCGGCUCGCUGCGUCUGAAAUCCACGUU